GUACUUGCCUCUUACGUAUGUCAAACUAUACAACAUGGCUGCAUUAUAGAAUGGACACCGCUGCGAUUAGUAGGACAUAUUCAAGGGGAAACGUUUAGUCCAGAUUGAUAACAAUACAGUUGGAGUUGUUUUAAGGGUUAGACGAGUACCACGCUACGUUGUUUUAAAGAUGCAUAGUCUCACUAAAACAGCGCUGUCUUUGAAUGGAAUCGGGCGGCGGUGUGUUGCUGUGAACCGUUUUUCAGGAGCAAGAAUCAUUUGCAGAGGACUCACGUGCACAGCAGAACAUAUGGAACAUGAAAAUGAGCUCUAUGAUGUCAUUAUAUCCGGAGGAGGGAUGGUUGGGACCGCUAUGGCUUGCUCUUUAGGGUUGGAUCCAAACUUGGAGGGGAAGAAGAUUCUGCUGCUUGAGGCAGGCAACAAGAAAGUGAUGGACAAGGUCCCAGAUGCCUACAGUACAAGAGUCAGCUCCAUCAGCCCGGGCUCUGCCACCCUCCUCAGUGGUGUUGGAGCAUGGGAUCACAUUAUGAACAUGAGAUGUAAGCCCUAUCAGAAGAUGCAGGUUUGGGAUGCCUGCUCGGAUGCCCUGAUUACAUUCGAUAAGGAGAACCUGCAGGACGAGAUGGCAUACAUUGUGGAGAACGACAUCAUUGUGGCAGCCCUGACGAAACAGCUGGACAAUCUCUCUGAUCAGGUGAGGGUCCAGUACAAAACCAAGGUGGUGAAAUACACCUGGCCCAAGUCCCACCAGGUAGCUGACGCCAUCCCCUGGGUUCAGGUCACCCUGGCCAACGGACAGACGCUUCAAACCAAGCUACUGAUUGGAGCAGAUGGGCCAAAUUCGAUGGUGAGGCGGGAGGCGGGGAUACCCACGUUCAAGUGGAAUUACGACCAAUCAGCUGUUGUGGCUGUCCUGCAUCUGUCCGAGCCAACAGAGAACAAUGUUGCCUGGCAGAGAUUCCUUCCUACAGGCCCCAUAGCAAUGUUACCAUUGUCGGACACAGAGAGUUCUCUGGUGUGGUCGACCAGCCACCGCCAUGCUGAGGAGCUGCUGCAGCUGGAUGAGGAGAGCUUCGUGGACGCCAUCAACACUGCCUUCUGGAGUAAUGAGAACCACAGUGAGCUGGUGGAGACUGCUGGCUCUCUGUUCCGCACUGCCCUGUCAGUCCUCAUGCCGUCUGCCGGCUCGGCCCGCCAGCUACCCCCCAGUGUGGCCGGGAUCGGCCCAAAGAGUCGGGUCAUGUUCCCCCUGGGCAUGGGCCAUGCGUCAGAGUACAUCAGGCACCGGGUGGCCCUCAUCGGGGAUGCAGCACACCGCGUCCACCCUCUAGCUGGCCAGGGAGCCAACCUGGGCUUUGGGGAUGUGGCCUGCCUCACUCAGCGCCUGAGCCAGGCGGCCUUUAAUGGGAAGGAUCUGGGGGCCAUGCAGCACCUGUUGGAAUAUGAGACAGAGCGCCAGCGACACAACCUGCCCAUGAUGGCUGCCAUCGACCUGAUGAAACGACUGUACUCCACUAACGCUGCCCCCAUGGUUGUCUUACGCACCUUCGGUCUGCAGGCCACCAACACACUGCCAGCCAUGAAAGAGCAGAUCAUGGCGUUUGCAAGCAAGUGACACGUAUGCUGGUCCUGCCGAUGGAGUUUGAUGGUACUCCAAUGACGAUAUGCCAUUGUGACUUUGUGAAUGGAAUGUAAAAGUGUAAAUUAAUAAAGUUAUAUUUUAUGCUCUGUUAUUACUUGAA